CUCGAGGGAGCUUUCGACGGGGGGGGGGAGGGGUGUUCGUGGAAUCCCAUGUGUUGGGCAAAAGAAAACACAUAAAGGCGCGUGUUCUUUAACAACACCUCCGACGUUUGGAAGGGCAAUUGAGAUAGAGCGUGUUAUUUGUUGAUCAUACGGACAAAGAGAAAGGCCGAGAUCACGUCAACUCACACAUACACGCACACGGAAUAUCGAGGAGGUCUAUAGAUCGGCGUUACUAUUCUGUGCUUUCAGUCUUGUUCUACAGAAGGAUUUCAGGAGAUCGUGAUACUGGCUUGUUAUACGCACCAUUGGAUAAAAGACGGUUUCAAAACCACGCAAAACACACAUACUGCAGCUAAGCACAUCAUGUCAUACUCAUCACAAACGGUCCCCCAGCUGAGAGAGCUGUUGAAGUCCCGUGGUCUCUCAACCACAGGUGUCAAAGCUGAGCUCGUUAGUAGAUUGGAAACAUUCGACAGCGAGCAACAGGCCGCUGGACCAACUGCUGAGCCAACUACUGAGCCAACCACCGCAGAGGAGCCUGCAACUGCCACCACAGCGGAGAACAACGGCGAUGUCGAAGCCUUACCUGCCAAUGAGACCGUGGCGGAGGGUACCACCACUGCUGGUGCAGAGCCAUCAGGUUCGGUCGACGAUGCCAACAACCAGGAAAGCGAAGAGACUAAGGAGGAAGAGAAGGAACCGGCAGUGAAGAUCUUAUCACCUGAAGAACGUAAGACUGCCGCAUUGGAACUUUUGAACAAGAAACUGUUUAGAGCCAAAAAGUUUGGUUCUGAGGAGGAUGUUCAAAAUGUCAAGAGGGACAUUGCCCGUAUCGAAAAGUUCGGUGUGGAGGCUGGCACUUCGCUUGCUCAAGAGCUUGGCCUUGCUUCAAAACAAGGCCUUGACCCUGAAAACAACGAAAGAAGAGCCAAGUUCAACAGACACAGAAACAGACACAGAAACAGAGGUAGAAGGUGAUCGCAUGGCGGAUCCAGCAUGUGCAUGGAAAACAGAGGGGAUGGAUGUUGAUAAUUCCUAGGAUCUACAGUGUAAUAUAUUAUUAUACAUACGUCGUAAAAGGCCC